CCCUGGAGGGUAUCACCAGUCCUACUAAAAGAUACUCGGGUAUAAAGUGCCACUGUGUCAAUUAAAGUGCCGCUUUACAACUCUGUGUGAUUUCUGGCUUACUACAACUACUACACGAUAUAUGUUCAAUACAGUGCCUGUGGGAAACAGACGGCGAGUCAGUCUACUGAUGUCAGAAGUGGGAUUAUAAACUCUAGUUCUAUGUUGGCUAUUGGAUUUGAGUGGAGUAUCGGCUCGAAUACAGGACGUUAUGACGGAUCACCGUUAGUAACGAUCAAAGCUCUCGCUAGUCAGCUGGAUCGGUCUCAGGAACCACAGAUCGGGGGAAACUCAACGUCUUAAAGCCGAGCUCUUUAAAAGUUGAUUUGUAAAUUCGAUACUGAUUUUGGAGUGAUCUAAUGGUUGUUAAAAUCCUUUUUAAGACACGAGACUUGAUAUCAGUUUUCACCAGCGAACAUAAAGUGGAAAAAAAGUUGAGCUAAAACUCUUUAAAACUUUUUAUGUUAUGAAAAUUUGAAUAUCUAGCUCUUAUUUCGAGGGAUUUUUUUUAUGUGAAGUGAAAUUAAUACCAGCUAUAUUAUGGCUAAGAAGAUUUGAUAUUGAACCAGUGCCGAAGAAUUGCGGAAAUUAAAACUUUUUAUUGCGGGCUUUCUUUUUUGUGUUUAGUGCUUGUCAAAUUUGGAAUCGUCGCAUCCAUUUAAAAGAAAAGUGCACACGGAUCUUGUUCACUUUUAAGGAAUCUUUUGUUCCGUUAAAGACGUCAUGACGUAAAAGAAAUCUUAAUGAAAACUUUGGAUUAAAACCGACGUGUUUUAUGUUUUGUAGUCUUAAAAUGGAACAGUAAGGGUUACGUAUAUUGAAGAAUGAAAAUACAGUCUAACAGUGGAUUACAUUUUCAAUUCCAGUGAUAUUUUGGGAUACAUCAUCAAUGACAGUGUGUGUUACCAACAUGACAAACUGUUCAGAUUGUGGUUUAAAGAAGUUAGUUACAGAUAUUUUUUCUUAAAAAGAGAUAUGUUUGGAUUAUAUUGUCUCCCGUGUUACCAAUGAGUUCUUGGACACUCCCGGUUGGUGCUCUAGAUAUACAAUUUAUGCCUAAGGUGGACCUUGACCCCUUGUUGCUAAGAUACUGGGAGAACUUCCCAUGCCCGCCACCCUGGAAUAAUGGACUUCUGCAACAAAUGAAUUGGACCAGUUGUCAUGGUGAUGAGGACGUUGGUGCCGUUCUACGUGAUAUGAUGGUUGAGAAGUGUGCUACCUACCUGAAUGUCCGAGUGGUUGCUAAGGAAGUAGGCAGGGCCGAUUUUUUUCAAUCGUGUGGAAUCGAGUGUAAAGUGAUUAUCAGCGCCGCCUGUCUGUUUCUUGGAGUAUUGUCUAUAAUAGUGAUAUCAGCAUUUAGGCAUCGAAAACGUCGUAGAAAAUCCGACUUUAGUCCGACUCAUCAAACAGCCUUAAACUCGACAACAGACAGAAAAUAUUAUACCAGCUGUAUGCAGGGUAAUAGUCCAGUAAUAAAAAAGAAGGGAAAGAAAGACAGUGGCAUGGAUAUAAUGUUAUUAGAUCGAGAAAACUUCCAAAAUAUUUAUACAUCUCCCGAAUCAAUGUCAGCCGAACAACUUGUAGUGGACCAAGAAUACCAUGAUACAUUAAAUCAACAACUCAUGAACAUAGCCAAAAUGGCGGAGAACCAAUUUUCUAACAGUCUCAAGAAAAGAAAAAGUGAAACAAAUUGGACAUUUUGUGACAAUCUCCCAGGAACGUCAUCACGUGAUGGGAUGACCAAUUCUCAAUCAUCCGAUCGAGGCAAGAUUACGAACAGGCUGUCACGUGAUAGUAGUUUAUUUUCAAACGACUCCAUAAAAGGGUCGGCGUUCAGGUUAUCACGUGACAGUAGUGUAUUUACUCCGGAACUACUUAAAAAAGAUGCCACGUAUGAGAGCAUCCCGAGUACAUCUCGUGCUAGUGUGUAUUGUGACCCCGUGGACAUUCGAACGGUAUCACAAGACAGUGACGCAGACGAAUACGAAACUGAGGCAAGUUUCGAUCGUAAGACCAAUAUGGCGGAAGCAUCAAGUAGUGAUACCUUUUCUAAGAAUGAUUUUAGUGUUAGGUUUGAUUCAUCAGAUGAUCUGGAUACUAAAUUAUUUAUUAAAAACUAAUUCGUGCGCUCUCCGAGUUCGUGUUGGGGCUUCAAUGUAACAUACUGUAUUUAUUAUUAUUGUUUUAUACUAAUUUGUCUAUAUUAAAAACAAAUCAUGGACAGACAAAUCGUCUGGUCUUUAUAUUUUUAGUGUAAUAUUAUCAACAAUCAUGGCAUGUGCUAUGUAUUUUACCCUGGAAAUAGUGUUUGAAGCAGUGGAAUUGGGCUGUUUCAGUGUACAACUUCAAUACAGAUACUUUUGGCAGUAUACAUCGGAUAAAAAGUAGGAAUUAAUGAAUGAAAUGAGGUUUAACGUCCUAUUUUUCUUCUCCAACCGGUUAGAGGACAGCGUCUUUCUCACUGAGCCACCGCGGCUUCUUAAAGAGUAGUUUUUAAUCCCAGCAAUCCAGGGCAGUGGGGUUUAUUGUCUUGUUUCCAGACAUUGGAACUUUUCUUCAAACAUCGACUAACGAUUAGAUAUACGUCAAUAUCAAUAUAAAUCAUAUACUAAUGUCGUAAGACCUUGGCUUGUGGCAUACAGUGUGCUAUGAAAGAGAUUUUGUCCGGAUAAAUCGAUAUAGCUUACUCUUACUUUGAAUUUCAGUUGUCAAAGCUUCUUUUAUAUACAUGCCAACAUGUACACUCGACCUCGGUUUAUCGUACCGUCCGAAAGACUAGACACUGUUGUUUGCUAGGCUUUUGAAAGUUACACAUC